AUGGAGCACCUGCCCUCGCACCAUCUCCACCCCAGCCACGCCGAGCCCAUUAGUUUCGGCAUCGACCAGAUCCUCAACAGCCCGGACCAGGGGAGCUGCAUGGUGUCGGCCUCGCGGCUGCAGGACGCGGACUACGGGCUGGGCUGCAUCGUCAGCGGCGCCUACAACACCAUGACCGGCGGCUACGGCGGCGGGGGCGGCGGGGCCGGAGCCGGAGCCGGAGCCGGAGCCGGAGCGGGCGGCGGCGGGGGCGGGGGCGCGGGCGGGGGCGGCGCCGGGGGCUACGGAGGCAGCGCCUGCAGCAUGGCCUCUCUGGCGGGCUCCUACAACAUGAACAUGGGCAUGGGCGUGGGCGUGGGCGGCGGCGUUGGCGGCGGCGUUGGCGGCGGGCUCAGCUCGGCCGGGGUGAUCCGGGUGCCCGCCCACAGGCCGCUGGCCGGAGCCGUCCCCCACCACCAGCCCCUGGCCACCGGCAUGCCCACCGUGCCCGCCGUGCCCGCCGUGCCCAGCGUCAACAACCUCAACAACCUCACGGGACUGACUUUCCCUUGGAUGGAGAGUAACAGGAGAUACACAAAGGACAGAUUCACAGGUCACCCCUACCAGAACCGGACGCCCCCCAAGAAAAAGAAGCCGCGCACGUCCUUCACUCGCCUGCAGAUCUGCGAGCUGGAGAAGCGCUUCCACCGGCAGAAGUAUCUAGCCUCGGCCGAACGCGCGGCCUUGGCCAAGGCGCUCAAAAUGACCGACGCUCAGGUCAAAACCUGGUUCCAGAAUCGGAGGACGAAAUGGAGGCGGCAGACGGCGGAGGAGCGGGAGGCAGAGAGGCAGCAGGCGAACCGCAUCCUUAUGCAGCUGCAGCAAGAGGCCUUCCAGAAAAGCCUGGCCCAGCCGCUGCAGGCAGACCCCCUCUGCGUGCACAACUCCUCGCUCUUCGCCCUACAGAACCUGCAGCCCUGGUCAGACGACACAGCCAAGAUCACCAGCGUCACCUCUGUGGCCUCCGCCUGCGAGUGACUCAAGUCUGACUUCCCGGACCUCGCGGUCCCCAGACACUCUCUCCGCCCCUCCCCCUCCUCUCGGCCCACGAGACCAAGCCUGGCGUCUCGGCCGCUCGCCCUACAGGCCCUGGGCUUCCGAGCCUGGGGGCGGGGACCAGAGAGGAGAGACCAGACCCCAUCCCCAAGGGUGAGGUCUUGAGAGCGCGCUAGAAAAGGAAAUCGGGGGAAAGGGGAAAGGGGAGGCUGCAGAGGGCUUUGCACAACAGAGAGGAGGGGGAAAGAAGAACCCCUUCCCCGCGGGACCCUGCUCCCAACUUUCGGAACGCGGCCGCGCAGAGGGGUGACACUGAGCCGGCUCCGCCUCAGACCCCAGGCUGCGGCUGUGCCCCGCCUCGUGGGCUCUGGCUCUCAAACCCAAGACUGAGAAUAUAUUUCCUAGGCGGCUUCCUCCUCUUAAGCCCCAGGUGAACCUUUUCUGCGGGGCCUGUCACGGGGCAUCCCGCCCUCCUCCUCUUUCCGCGCAGGAUUUCUUUCCAGUGGAAAAGAAAAAAAAAACCUCGAAGACUCUAGGGGAGGAGGGAGGAGAGCGCGGAUGGCGACUGACUGCGGGGCAGGCGGAAGGGAUGUGUGGGAGGGGGCUCUUCGCCUCGGAAGGUCCCGUUACUUGCCCUUCAACCCUGCGGAGCGAGCCCCCCUCCCUCCCUCCACCUGGGACUUUCCAGAUCCCGCUGACUUUGAUUUGAUUUUUUUAAAAUCUGGGGAUCCGGAGAAGAAUUCCUCCGAGGGGGAGGACGGAGGCCUGGGGAUCCUAGAGCGUCUGGAAUCCAGCUAACUCUGGAGUCCCCAGAAGUGUUCCCGCAUAUACCCUCCACCCCCUUCCCCGGAGUGAGAUUACGGAUAUACCUACACACAGUCACACACACAUGCACUCAGACCCACUCAGACCCACUUACACGGCACACACGCACUCACCCGAGCCCGUUUUCCGGGAGGUUGAACCUGCACACGUCCGUGGGGAGGUUUUUAAGUUAUGCACUUAUAAGGUGUUUUCCGUGUAACCAUUUUAUAAAGUGCUUGUGUAAUUUAUGUGGAAAAAAAAUAAAAUUGUCCGGAUCCGGGACCCCGCCGUCCGCUCCGGGUUCAUUCGGCUUUUCCCCUUUCCCCCCAGCAUCAGCUUCGUUGCCCCGUCGAACCGGCUGUCCGGAGAUCCUUGAGGUCCGGCCGGGGGGAGCAGACGCUAGCCGGCUGAAAGGGAUAAGGGCUGGUUCCCUUCCUCUCCUGCUCUGGAGGGUGAGGGAAGAAACAUAUGGAG